AUGCUCCGGCCGGGAGCGAUGCUGCGAGCUGUGGCAUUGAUUUUGCUGGCCGCUGGCCUCGCCGUGGCCAAAGCGUGCCCCGAAGGCGCGGUCCUCGAUGGGGCUGCUGGCUCGUUUGGCCUGUCCGAAUAUGAGGCCAGCUCCAAGUGCUCCUGGCGCCUCAGGGCCGACCGCCCCACCGCGCUCUCCCUCGACUCCAUCGACACCGAGCUCCUCUUCGACGAGGUCACGGUGCGAGCCAACGGCAACGUCGUCGGGCGCUUCUCCGGCACGCACGCUUCGGCGCCGCUCGUGGUGCGCGGCGACGUCGAGGUGACGUUCGAGUCGGACUCGGACGUCCAGGGCUCCGGCUUCUCCAUGUCGUACGAGCCCGCCGAGACGCAGCCCGUGACGUGCGGUGACGGCGCGCCGCUGUCCUUUCACGCCCUCGCGAUCACGACCACCGUCGACGUGCCCGCCGGGGAGACGUGCGAGGUGACCAUCAUCCCGCCGCUGAGCUCGGUCUCCGGCGAGAUCCUCGUGGCCGGCGCCAGGUCGUUGCAGCUGGGCGACGGCGAUGCGGUCGUGCUGUCCGGCUGCGGGAAGCUCACCGCGGACUUCGACCGCGCGGCCGUGCUGCGCGUGGUGGGCACGGGCGACGGCGUCGUGCUGGGCGCUGCGUUCGGCGAGGGCCGAUCCGCGCUCGCGAUGGAGGAGCAGCACAAGUGCACGCGUCUGGCCAACGUGGCGCACAGGCCGCUGGCGGUGGGACGCAACGUGCAGCAGAACGUCACCGCGACCCUGAGUCCGAUCGUCAACCCCGGUGGGAUCUCGGUGGCGGACAUCAGCGACAUUCGCGCGGCGAUCGCCGGUCAGAACGCCAUGCAGAUCAGCACCCGCGUCCUCAUCUAUUACGAUCGCCCGAUUGCGGGGUGCAGCAGUGAGGAAGAGAUACUGCUCGAUGGCGUCGCGGUGACCCUCUUCAACCUUGUCAACACAACAGUCGCUGCCGCGGCCAAAGACACGGCGAUUUCCGGCCAGGCUCUGCUGACGCGACGGCGGGAAAACUGCUCGGGCACCGGCAUGGGCUCGGGCUCCGGCAUGGGCUCCGGCUCCGUCAGGCGGCUGCAGCCGACUGGUGGCUCCGGCUCCGGCAUGGGCUCGGGCUCCGGCACGGGCUCCGCCCGCACGGGCUCGGGCCCGGCAUGGGCUCGGCAUGGCUGGCAUGGGCUCGGGCUCUGGCAUGGGCCCGGCUCUGGCAUGGGCUCGGCCCGGCAUGGGCUCGGCUCCGGCAUGGGCUCGGGCAUGGCCCGGCCCGGCUCCGGCAUGGGCUCCGGCUCUCAUGGGCUCGGCCCGCUCCUGACACGCGUGCAGCUCAUCGCCAACCGCACCAUCGACCUCAAGGCGGAGCUGGCACGGGACCCGGUAGUGCUUGCCGCGCACCCUGACGUCGCUUCGUUUCGCAUCGAAGUCGGAUCAUUCACUACUUCGUCGGUGGUCGGCGCACAUCAAAUCAUCAACCGAAACGGUGUGGAUUCUUCUACCAUCACUAGCAUGCUUACGUUCGGGUCAGGACUCUGGUGGACAGACUUUUCGCGAACCAGGCUACGGCUUGACGUGCCGCUCGUCGCCAUCGGCAACGCGACGACGUCCUGGACGUGCGGGCAGAUCUCGACGCUGUACGACGGCCUCGCAGUGGCACUCUUCAACUUCAGGGACCACGGCAUCGUGGUCGACGGCGCGAGUCUGCUGACACGCGGGCCGAAGCCGUUCAGCUGCGCGCAGAUGCGGUCGAUGCAGCAGAGCACCGGGGCCGCCGUGUUUACGGCCUAUGGGUUCGUACCUGGUGCCAGCUCUGACCUCACGACGAGGCAGACCAGCGCACGGCUGCAGCAGAUCUCCAACGGCACCAUCGACCUCGCGGCAGAGCUGGCGCGGGACUGGAAGGUCAGGCUGGCGAUCCCCGACAUCGCGACGAUGCACACCAACGUCUCCGCACCCGUCGACGCGGAGGUUUCGCUCCGCGACCGGGUCGUCAACCCGGGCGGGAUCUCGGUGGCGGACAUCAGCGACAUUCGCGCGGCGAUCGCCGGUGAGAACGCCACGCGGGUUUCCGUCGGCUCGGUGAAGCUUGAGUACACAGGUCUCCGGUGCCAGAAUCAGUACUCUGCGCUGCGCGAACACCUUCCGGUGGCCCUCUUCAACCUCGUGAACAGCGCAGUCAUCGAUGCAGCCAGAGAUAGAGUCGAGACAAUCGGCAGCCAGCAUCUUCUGCAGUACGGUUUGUCGUCCUGUUCGGAUUUUCCCAGUUACAACCCUUCAAACCCCAACUCGAGACGGAUAGAGGUUCGCCAAACGAACAUCGAAUUCCUGGCUUCGCCUGCCGUCGCCGACCAGCUCCUGACGCGCGUGCGGCAGAUCGCGAACGGCACAAUCAACCUGGCGCAUGAGCUCGCGCGGAUUCCCGAGAUCUCGACACUGUACGACGGCAUCGCGGUGGCGCUGUUCAAGUUCAGGGACUACAGCAUCUUGGCCGACGCAGAGCAGAUCUCCAACGGCACCAUCGACCUCGCGGCAGAGCUGGCGCGGGACUGGAAGGUCAGGCUGGCGAUCCCCGACAUCGCGACGAUGCAUACCAACGUCUCCGCACCUUUCGUUGCGAAGGUGUCGCUCCUCGACCCGGUCGUCAACCCGGGCGGGAUCUCGGUGGCGGACAUCAGCGACAUUCGCGCGGCGAUCGCCGGAGUUGAAGUGGACAACGUGUACACCAACUUCGCUUUUCUAACGACACCUGCCCUCGGCGACCAGCUCCUGGCGCGUGUACAGCAGAUCGCCAACGGCACAAUCGACCUGGUGGAGGAGCUGGCGCGGGACCCCACGGUCACCACGUCCUUCUCCUCUGCGCUGAGCUGCGAGGACCGCGACAGGCUCGGCAACGCCACCGCCCGCGUGCUCUUCAACCUGGGCUCGCAGCCCGUCCUGGACGUGUACACCGCCGCUGGGCUGCUACAGGGGGAGACCCUGGGGGAGUGCACGCGGCUGCGCAUGCUGGUCGACGAGCGGGAGAUGCAGGCGACCUUCUCGUACGUCUCGACGUUCCAGUAUCACCUCACGGACGGUGACACGGCCGCUUUGUUCCUCAGAACUGAUCCCCCAGGGGUGAUCUGGUCGCUUUUCAACAUCUUUGGCAGCCCCAGGUUUCGGUCGGAGCUGUCGCAAAUCUUCUUCCGCUCCCCCUCGUCGGCGUCUCUGAAUACAUGGAGCAGAACUACGGUGGGUGCGCUCGAGCUUCUCACGUCGAUCGGUGCUGCGCCUGGGCCGCUCGGGGACGUGUCGGCGUCGACGGUCAGCACGAUCCGCUCCGCGCUGACGGGCGGCACGGGCACCCGCGUGACGGUGCCUUGGGUUGCGUUCGAGAAGUCUUUCAGCUCAUGGGACUGUCCUCAGGUCGACGCCGUCUACGACGCUCUCGCCGUGGCGCUGUUCAACUUCACGGAGCCCAGCGUGGCGCAGGCCGCGGCGGCCAGCGUGAACGGGCAGACUCUCCUGGCGCGUGGCAGCAAGCCGUUCGGCUGCGCGGAGCAGGCCAACGCUACUGCCCCGCCCGGCGUCGCGAACUUCACGGGCUUCUCGUUCCUCGCCACGGACGCCCUGGCGACCGCGCUGGCCGCACGCAUCACUCAGAUCGCGAACAGCGGGCUGUUGUAUUCGGAGAUGUCCAGGAGCCCCACGUUCAGUACGUCGGCCUUCUCCUUCUCUUCGCUCAGCAUUUCAAUGUCCCAGCCAGUGACGGAGGCGGGGAUCGCCGGGCCCACCAACCCCCCCCCGGCGGGGUCCAUCAACAACAAUCCGCCCGUGAACAACAACCCCGUCGCAGGCAUCUCCCCGCCGCAGGCCACGACGCUCGCCCCCACGCUUCCCCCGAAGCUCGCAACGGUCGAGGAGGCGCGGGCCGAGAUCGAACGCAUUCGCGAUGUCGCCGCACAAGGCGGCACCGUGCGGCGCGCGCAGGCGUCGACGUCGACCACGUACGACACGCAGCUCACGUGCGCGCAGCGCGAGGAGCUGCGCCUCGCCCUCGGGCAGGUGCUGUUCAACAUCGCGACGCGGGCGGUCGUGCUGGAGUACCUGGCGGCGGAGAUCCUGACGCUGGCGACCAGCGGGCCGUGCUCGCGCCGCUCCGACCGGCGCGCCCUUUCGGAGACCGACGCGGAGAUCACGCGGCGCCUGCAGCAGGGCGUGGAGUACACGACGGACGGAUCGCUCGUCGUUGCGGACCCCGCAGAGGCCGCGGCGCUGGAGGCAAGCAUCAGCUCGCUCGGCGCUGGCGGCGGCACGGCGCUGGUUCAGGCGCUGCAAGCGCUCGGGACGGUCCCUCCGACGUCUGCGAGCGCGACUGCGAGGGUCGAGACGGUCAAUGCCGCGCAGGUCGUGGCUACCGGGGGCACGGGCGCUGCGGGAGUCGCUGUCGCGUCGGCCGCGCUCGCUGCCGUCGCUGCGGGUCUCGCCCUUGCCUUCUGA